GAUCAAGAUGGCGGCAGUGGCAACCUGCGGCUCUGGCGCGGGCGGUACAGGGUCUGUGGCAGCUGCAGCCGGCAAGAGCAACGUCACCAGUUUCCAGAGGAGGGGUACUAAAGCCAGUGGUACCGACAGCGGCGGCCCUCGACUGGUGUCCAUUGCGGGCACGCGACCGUCAGUGCGGAACGGACAACUGCUGGUAUCAACCGGGCUACCAGCCCUGGACCAGCUCUUAGGUGGAGGUUUAGCUGUUGGAACAGUUCUUCUGAUUGAAGAGGAUAAAUAUAAUAUUUACUCACCUCUGCUCUUCAAGUAUUUCCUGGCGGAAGGAAUUAUCACUGGGCAUACUUUGUUGGUUGCUUCUGCUAAAGAAGACCCUGCUGACAUUCUACGGGUAUAGACUAUACUAGUUCAAUAUUAAAUUUUGUAUGUUUUAUAGAAAUGUUUCUAUAUAUAAACAAGAUGCAUGUUUAUUUACAAACUAUUUUUAAAUUCAU